AUGAUGUCCGGCGAGUAUAAUUUUAUGCGGGUCAUCGUGUCUUGGUCCGAGUCCAAUCCGAUCCAUAUACCUAUAUACGAGCAGACCGACCGAGGUGUGUACGUGGCGAAAGUGAAACCUCCGCGUGGGAGUCAGUCGUCAUCGUCCUUGGAAGGACGCGACGAAAAUCGUCCUGCAGACCUGCACGUCGACGCCAUCCUCGGGGAGACUUCGACGCAACGAAUAAUAUAUUAUUGA